GAGCGGAAGUUUACAAAUGGCGGCGUUCAGUGGGUAUGGUGUAGUCUCUAAGCCUAAAUCAACUUGCAUGAACUUACGAGGUUUUUGAUAUUAAAAAAAAAAUUAUCAACAUGCCCCAUAUAUACAACUGAAAGACGAUAUCAAAACUUUCUUCAACUUUUCUAACCAAACGAAAAUUUGAACUUCAGCCCAGGAUGGACACGGUAGGAAAAUUAAGGGAAAAGAUUCGAGAGAGACGAGCUAUUCAACAAUUGCUUCUGAGUGAGGAAAGUCAGCAUGAUGGUUUGGAUGGAAUAGCUGCAAAAUCAGACAGCAGGACUCACACUUCAUGGGUUGAGGAAGAACAAAGUACUGUGAUUCAAGAUAUUUCAGAAACGAUAGCUGAGGUAACCAAUGAAGACAUGAAAGGAUCCUCAAAGACCAACCUAGAAGAUCUUCAGGCAAAACGCCAAAAGAGACAAAAAGAUGUGAAGAAAGCCUUUAGUGAUGCAACAGAAGAAAUUGGAUCCCAGUUGGAAAAAGUACGGCAGAGGCUAGAGGCUGAGGAAAAUAGUGAUGAUAUCGUAGAAGCACACAAGGUUGUAAAUAAGGCAGGGAGAGCUGAAGGUAGUAUCCAAGAUGAAGCAAAUAUUACUCCUUCUCAGGAAAACAUUGCUGCUGCCAGUGUUCGGGAACGUCUCCGGUCUCGUUUACAACAGGCCAGAGAAAAGGGAGAGAGGAAGAUGAAAUCUGAUAGUAGAACUGCAAGUACAUUUCGUCAUCGACUUCAGAAUCGGAGAUUUUCAUCUCCUGUUCUUGAGGAGGAUGAGAGGGAGAGAGAAGAGGAAUUAAUCAAAGCAGCUUUGGACCAAAAGGCAGAACGCCGAAACAAGUGGAGUUCUAUAAGUACUCGGGCUAUGCAACAAGCAAGUACUUCAAACAUUCCGUCAGUAGAUGAAGCUUAUGAUUUUUUUACUCGUGCCUGGAGUCCAGAACCACAGCCUCUUCCCAAAGGUCACGAAUCACAUGAAGUUAAACAAGAACCAUCAUGUUCCUCUGCUGCACCACACCUUUUACCUUCCAGUCAAGAAAAUGAGAAUGAUAACUGUAUCGUAAAUAUUGAAGAUGGUACUGAACUGUUGGGUGGUGAUUAUCUUAUAUCUGAUGAAGACUGGUAUACAUAUGAGCGUGUUAAGCCGUUGUACACUUCUUUUCAUUUACGGAUGGAAUUUGAAAGACAGAUGUUAUUUUAUCCAGAAACUAAACGAGUACCAGUACAAGAGAAGAUUGGUAAUAGUAGAGAGCCUCGAUACCUUGAGGAAGAAGGAUUUUAUGUAGGAAAAAGGCCUGCUGUUCCUGAGAGGAAUAAGAACAAGCUUGAAAAUAGAUUAAUAAGACAGAAGGAGAAACAUUGGUUUGGAGAUGAUGCUCAAAUUGUGGCCUUAGCAGAUCCCCUGCAGACUUGCAUAUCCCGUCCAGUCAGUUUCGAAGACAGUGAUCAAGUUAUAAAAACUGUGUUUGUUAAGGCAGAAUAUCCAAAUACACAGUUACAAAGAUGCAGUGAUCGACGAUAUCAACUAGAUGUAGAUGUUUCAUCUCUCACUUUUCAUCAUCAUCCACUGUUCAGUAAGGAACAUGUGCUAGCUUCAAAACUACAGGAGUUGUAUGAAGAAUAUUGUUUUCAGAUAGAAAAUAACAAACUCACCCAACUAACUCAGCGGUUAAAGACCCUUCGAAUAGCAGUAGCAAACUUGGGUGGAUUUAAAUCACCAGGUGAAGAAUCCUCAUCAGCUGUAGAUGAUAGAAAUCUGAGAUUACAACAUUAUAAAGAAGAACUACGUCAGACCUGCAAGGCUAGAGAUAGGGCAGAAAUGAAUGAGCGAAAUCUACUUCGUAGUAUUAUCUCACUGUGGAAAGAAAUCAAAAGACUCAGGGAAUUACAAGGGUACAUAAACACUGCCUUGAAACUCACUAUUCACAGAGAGCAAACAAAUAAAGCAGAGGAGGAGGAGCAGUGGGAGAGAGAAAUGCAUCAGGAACUGGAAGAAGAGAAAGAAGAUUUUGAAUUGGAAUAUCAAUAUCUUUUUGAACAGUAUGAAAAGGAAUUGAGAAAAUGGAAAAAAUGGCACAUAGCCAAGAAACAAGCUUUAAGAAGAGAGAGGAAGCGGCAAUCAAUUUUAAGACAAGAAAGUGAAUCACCUCAGGCAUCACCAAGACAAAUGCCUGAAGACUUAGAACAAACAGAAAGUGAAGAUCAAAAGAUAUUAGAAGAAGAAGAACCUAUCAAACCUGUACCCCCACCAGAAUUUAAUGAAGAGGAAUCUUUAAAGAAUAUAAGACAGAAAGCAUUACAGAUUAGGAGGCAACCAGGUGAGCCAAAAUUGUAUCUUGAUUUAAGCCUAGACACUCCUAUUACUCCCCACCACCAGUGUCCAAGAGAAGAACGACAUAGAAGAAAUGAUGUAUCCCGAAGGAAACUUAUGAUAAAAUUAGUAUUCAAUGAAAAGGAGGUUUGCACAACUGUUGAAAGACCAUUGUCACAAGAAUUUACUGUUGUCUGGGGACAAAUAUUCAACUUGCAGAUUUCUAAAUGGUCAGGAAGCUUAAGACUAGAGCUUUAUGAAUCAAGCAGCUAUUCAAAUUUCCACAUGGCCAAUAUCUAUCUCGCUAUUCCCGAACUCUCUCAGACUUCUCGAACUGCUAAACUUCAUAAGCACCAGUUCAGUUCUGAGCAUGUUGUCAAUUACAGGCAUGCUGGAAUUGGAAGUGGUAUACAGUUUCAUUACAACAAUAAAGAAACAGUGUCUCACUGGCUUUUGACCAAUGGAGUAGUUCGUUGCAGUGUGUCUUGGGGGGUUGGAGAAGAUGGAGAAGUAUUAGCCCCAUCAUCUAAGAAAGAACCGUCCAUUCUUAGUACAGUGAAGCAGACUAAAGCUUCUCACUAUUUUCCUGACCAAGGACACCUAUCAGAUGUUGAGAAACUUCGGGAGUGGGCACAGCAUUCACAUCUUGAUCCAAAUGAUCCAUGCAAUGCAGGAGUGUUUGAAGCCAUACGGAAACUUGAUCUUCAGAGAUCAACUGAUGGAGAGAAGCAAGGUUCAAGUUAUUUUAGGCUGGAAUCAUUAAUGGAAGAAUUUGAGUUUGCAAGUUCAAAGGCAUUAGAGGACAAUCCUCGAUUUCGUCUUCUAAAGUUAAGGGCCAAAGAAGUUCCAGAAUUUCGUAACUACCAAAUGGUACCUGUGAAUGAAAAGGAAAUUUCCAAAGCAACAUUAGAGCAACUCUGGCAAAUGAAGAAAGCAAGUGAAUCUAGAAAACCCAGAGAUGAAAUAGAAGCUCACAGAGUGAAAUCACUAAACUACCUGAAUAAGGUUCGAGAACAAGUUAUGAAGAAAUUUCAAGCCAUUCAGAGACAAAUAACGUUAGAAGAUAUUGUGUCCGAAGACCAAGUUCCUAAUAUUGGGUCAAUAGGAUUAAAAUUGUUUUGCCUUGACAAGCGUACCCGCCCUCUACACAUGAAGCGAAAAGAACGAAAAAAAGUUACAGGUCAGAAUAUUUCUAGUGGUGAUGUAAAGAUUAUGGUUACUGUAAAGCAUGCUAUGAAUGUUCCUGUUCGUGCAGACUUCAAUGGAGUUAGACAAAGUCCCAAACGUUAUUCCUCUGUAGGAGUAAUACAAACAAGUUCCAAUAUGGAUCAUGAGAGCCAAGUUCGGCCAUUUGUGGAGGUAUUGUUUCAGAAAGAAAUUGUUCGAACCUAUGUCUCUGAUGGUCCUCAGCCAACUUGGAAUCAAGAAUUAGAACUCUCCUUGAGAGCUCCAAAUGAAGAUUAUUCACCAAGUAGUCUUGAAACCAUUCAAGAUACCAUCUACUUUAGUUUAUUUGAUGAAGUCAUUGUUGACAUGUUAGAAGAUGAAACAGAGAGAGAUAUUGUUGUUCACCAAAGACUUGAACGACGCUGGCUAGGAAGUCUGAAGAUACCUUUUUCUACACUGUAUUUUAACAAUUCAAAGAUUGAUGGAACUUUCCAUGUUCUUACUCCUCCUGUUCUGUUAGGUUAUGGUCAUGAACCUAAACCCUGGUUGUCAUCUGGAGUUUUUACUGACAUUAAUACAAAUAAUACCUACCUCUCUGUUUUCAUAACAAUUGAACCAGCCCUCCAACUCCCUGAGACAUUCAGAGAAAAAUGUGAAAGUAGUGAGCCUGGUGUGCUUUUGCAAGAGGCACAUACGUGGCAGUCUGGCUUGCAGGAACAGUUUCCACAGAGAUUUUUGAAGACCAUGGCUGUAGAUAUCAAUGGAAAAUGGGUAUUUAUUCCACGCUAUCUCCGUCCUUUAAAACCUCCACAGGAACUGCUAGAUUUGGGAAGCAAUGACAGAGAAAAAUGUGAAGUAUUAGCUCGUUUUGUGUCAUUAAUACCAACAGUAUCAGACAGUGUCAUAUUCCCUGGGAUGUGUGACAUUUGGAACACAUGUGAUCAAUUUCUUGACAUGCUGACAGGAGAUGAAGAAGAACAUGCUAUUCUUCUGUGUAACUUUUUUCUCUACCUCAAUAAAAGAGUAUUCUUACUUCUGGGUUCUGGAAUUCCAGAAGGACACACAGCUUAUGUACUCACUGUAGAAACUGAUAGGGAAAUUUUGGUGUGGAAUGCUACGCAAGGACAACACUUCAGUGUGCGAGAGAGUUUUAGUCCCUUGCAGCGAGUUGGUUGUCUGAUUUCUCCUGACAAUAUCUGGGCUAACAUCCAAAAGGAUGACCACCCUAGUAGAAUAAGCUUUGAAAUCAAUCAGGCAAGAGAUUGGCAGCCAUUUUUCACACGUAGGUUUCCUAAUCCAGGAUUAAGUAGUGUACAGCCUGAAGUUUUAGUUUACACACCGACUGAUCCCAGGUUUGUUCGUCAGUUGCAAGAAAAGAUUGAAACCUAUAUUAAAGAAAGCAUCAUGAGAUGGAGAAGGAAAUAUCGAACAUCUUGGAAUAGACACUGUAUCCAAAUGCUGCAGAAGAUUUUACCCAAACUGGAAAUAAACUUUAACAAGACAGCUAGCAUUGAUUCAUCAGAGGAGCUAAAGGACAUCUUAGGAUCUUUCAAAGUGUGUGGGUUUCCCUUGUCCAUGCCUUACACAGAAAUUGAGAAUGUUGUUGAGGCAGUUUUUGCUACUGGAGUUCAUCAAAUAGAGGACAAAGAUGUGGAGUUUGCACUAGCAGUACAUAUUCAUCCCUACCCUUGCACAGUCUUGGCAGUUUGGGUAUACUUGGCUGUUCUUAAACGACGCUAGUGUUAUUAGUCACAUUCACUGGUGCAUCUGGAAUUGUCAUUCUAGUCUGAAAAAUACUCUAAAGAGAUAAAUGAUUGUUUUUAAACUUGCUAUCCAAGUUCAUUAUUGUUUUCAUGAUAUUUCAUUAAGAUCUGUCACAUUUGUCAAGAUUAUGACCACUCCUUGUACAAGUUGUUUCUUUUUGCUUUUUUAUAAUAACUUGUUUUAAAUUGAGCAACCUGUACAGUAGACAGUUUGUAUUAUGACCUGAUAACCUGAUAUCACUAAAUUUCUUUAAACCUUAGGUUAGGUUAGCAAUGAUAAUUUUCAAAUAUAGUAAAAAAAAUCACUGCCUUCAAAUCACAAAACCACAAAGUCAUCAUCAUAAACCUUGUAAGUGGAAACAAGUUAUGGCUGUUUGAUAAUACACAGAGGCAAGGAGUGUAUUAAUGCACUAAAUGAAAAAACAAAACAAAAACUGAUGUAUGAUUAUGAAAAAACAGCAACCUUGAGUCAUGUUUGUAUGAAUAAGCAAUACACCUUUAAACAAUACAAAGAAAAUGCAUCUAUUCAGUCCCAUAUUAAUUCAAAGAACAUAGUUUUUCUUAAAUUAGUACUCCAAACUAAGAAUAAAUUAAAGGUGCCAUAAAAAAUGACACAGAACCCUAAAUUAUGCUCUACAUUUAUAUGUUUGAACAUGUUCAUAGACAUAAUUACCUAGACAUAGUUUGCAUUUAGUGCAGCUUAAUAUAACUGUGGUAGGGUUAGACCUGGAAAUUUUUUUUACCAAGCUGCUUAUGGUGCUGUUGGAUCUGGAAUUUAGAUCUCUGUAACAUACCCAGAUACAAACAAGUGUUGUGAGGAGGAAAUUCUUUUAUAUAAAGGUUACCUAGUGUAUCACCCUAUUUGACAUGAAGGGAUCUUCAAGAAUUGAUAAACAAUGAGGAAGAGAUUCCAGAAAUGAAGAUGGAAAAGUGUGAAGGUGAUAUCCAAUCUUGAUGAAACUUAUCUUGCUUAUCAACUAUCAUAACUUCAUUCUCAAAAUUUAGUUUUUGUCACAUUACAGAUGUCCAUAACUUACUAAUGACAUCAUCAAUAUAAGGACUUGAACCAGUUUUGCCAAUCUGGUAUACCUAGCUGAGUCAAACAGUUUUUUUUUCUGUGCACUGUAUGUUUUCCAUAUUUUGUCACAGGAUAGCCUGUAUUAUAGGUAACAACACCAAAUUAUAUAUGUGAUGCCACAAUAUUUUUGGUCUUUUCUGAUUUGAUAUUUAACUCUCAGCCAGUGCAUAACCCUCUUCAUAGCAUCAUUGUAUUGCAAUUAAAUAACAUUCAGAAGAAUCAGGUUUAAAAAUAGAAUCUAUGUGCAGAAGGUACAUUUCUUUCUUUAUUCAAAUUUCCACUCCCAUCAUCAAAAGAACAGUCAUUUAUAACUUUUAAAAUUCUGGUUUCUACUGUCAGUGUUUAUAUAGUUUGAUUCUUUAUGUAAAAGUUUUUGAAAUGAAUCCUGACCAUUUUGCUUGCUGCCAAAAAAGGAAAAAAAUGCAUCUGGAAGGUUAACUAGUUUUUCAGUGAAUGUAAGAAAAAUGUGAAAUAUUGUGACUUUAGCUAAUUUACAUAUGAAAUUUCUCCAAACCAGAUUUUUGGAUAUGUUGUACACCACAAAGUUGUGAUUCUAACAAUACCAAAUAUAACUAUUUUGAAUGACCAUACAAACUGACCAGCAGUAAACAUGACAACAUCAUUGUAGCUGAAAUGCUUUUAUAUAACUUACAGUAGUGUAUGGGCCAAGAUUAAAUAAUUAGAUAGAUUACCUAACAGUUAUGUUAAUUUUAAUAACUGAAAUAAAGAGAGAGUGUAGUGCAACAACAAACCAUACAUUGAACAAUGUUUGAAAAAACUUUUCAGACAACUAGGCCCAAAACAAAAAGAAUAAUAAUAUAGGAAAGGUAAAAUGAACCAUAGAAAGAGUAAUAUUACAAAACUAGGACCAAUAUAGCAGUAUAUUAAAUCUAAUGGUGUAUCUCACCAUGGUAUGGGUCAUACUUUCACAAAUAACUCCUUGACUAAUGUACAUUUUAUCUUCUCUAUAUUGUAGUUUGAAUCUAAAUUUUAUAUGUCUGUCUUUUGUUUGUGGCCUAGUUACCCAAGAAGUUUAUAUAUACAUAAAAUAAUAGUAUUUUUAGAAUACUGACAGUUUUGCUUAUCAUUAAAAGUUGACACUGUAAUGAGUGGCAGGAACUAAAUUUUUGCUAAACAACUACCAAUCAGAAUGCUAAUGCAUAAGAUUUAUAUGUAAAGUUAACAAACGUUAACAGCUACACCUACAAUAUAGGAAGAUAGUAAGGAUACCACCCUAUGGUUUAAGAAGGAAUAUCAUUCAACAGUCAUUUGAAAUUUAUAAAAUGAUAGGCGAAAGAGAUGCUCUGGGCACAAUACUCUGAGGUCUGAUCAGUUUGUCUGUGCUGAAGCUCUGCACCCUUCAUAAUCAACAGUUUUUUCAAAAAAUUAAGUCACCAGUAUGCCAUAAGAGACAUCUGUGUAACAAGUUCAUAAUCAUAAAAAACUUGGACCAUAAGUCACAAUUAUCUAUAAAAGAACUCAAUAUAAAGUCCAAACAUUGUUUAUAGGAAAAAUCAUGAUAACUUUUAGCCCUUCCAAAGCAGACAUACCAGCUUAUAAGCUUAAGGCAGGCGGUACAAUUACUGUAAACUUUUUGGGACUGUUGGAUAUUUUACUUAGCCUCUGAAAGAUUGUUUGUUAUAAAAACAAAGGAACCCUAUGACUUACAUUAGACCUAAUCAUAAGAUAUCACAAUAUCAUGUGUAGCAGUUAGAGAACAAAAACCACAAUAAAUGGAACAAACAGAAGUCGUGUUUUUGGAGUGUCCUCUUCAGUCUCUCACAUUGUUUUUUGGCAGGAAAAUUGCUCAACAACCUUAUAUAGGGUCAAAUCCUGUUAUUUAAUUAGAGUAGCCCAUGAGUUGGUGGUGUUAACUAAUUGCCUUCCCUUUAGUCUGUCACUUCAAAAUUAAGGACAGCUAGUGCAGAUAGCCUUUGAAUAGCUUUGAAUAAAAUUAAAUAAACAGAUGUCAUCUAAAGUUUUUUUGUUGUAACUGAGCUAGCUAUGGGAGUGAGAAAAUGUAUUAUCAGUAAUGGCAUACAAUAAACAGUGUUAGUUAAAGUGCUAUCCCAUAUUCUUACUAGAAACAUGUACUAGGUCAGUUACAAAUAAUAUGAUUAGACUGUUAUGAGUCUCGUCUUGUGAUAUAUUAUCAUACCUAUUAACCUAAAAUAUAACAUGCUUUGCUAGCUUGGGUAUUACACACCAAAAUGUUGUGAAGUUAAUGUAUUUUUCAUUGACUAAUUCUUUACAACCACAUUGUUUCUGGACACUUUAAAUUUAAAUGUAAUUAAACAUUAGUUCCAACAACAAUUUUCGUUUUGUUUGAUUUUGAUGUUUAGUCCUUUUCUCACAACUAAUAACCUAAGAUGUUUAUUUGCUUUGCUUUUCCAAGCGAUGUUGAUGAGCUGUGAAUUGUACAAAACUAGUCUACUGUAGCAGCAAUAAUGAAUCAAAGAAUAGGUUAGUUUUUACAAAAUCUCUUCUUCACUGAACUUCACAUUUUUAUGAGGAAAAGAAAUUCAUAAAUAAAGAAUUUUCAUGCUGGUAUACAUGUGACUGCUAUUUGUAUUAUGAUUAAGUGUUGCAACAUUCACCAUAAAACUUCAUUUACUCUGUGUAUUAUAUGUACCAUGUAUGCACAAUUUAUAUUACUAUAUCCACUGUGAUAAAAUCUGGUAGUAUUUAAUGAAUUAUUUUAAUAAUCAAUGUAAUAAAUAAGAUAUGAUAAGGAUUUUGUUCCAUAGUAAGUGGAAAGUACUAGCUUUAGCACCAAGGUGGGUGUAAAAAAUAUUACACCAUACAAUGAUACUGAUUUUCAUUUUAUAAAUAAAAAUAUUUUUU